GGUCUGACCGUCUAUUUCAUACCUCGACAGACAAGGAAAUACCCAGCCCUUACUCGAACCUCGACCACAACUCUCUCCUUUGCACUCCUACCAGACACGUAUAUGUGAUACAUCGGCAACUUCAUAAUGUCGUCAGAAUCGCGCCUCUAUACGUUCAGCACCGAGACGAAGGCACAUCUACGUAAAUUUAGACUCGGGACUUCGCGCGCAAGCGAUCCUCAAGCUGUUAUAUACUUUAUUGAUAAAAGCAAUCUCGAAAUAAAACAGGAUGAAGAUGGAACUGUAUAUAAAGAUCUCGAAUCUAUAGGCGAUGACCUCCCAGAUCAUUCACCUCGGUUUAUCCUCCUAAGCUAUCCUUGCACACUGCCCUCCGGCCGUCUCUCCGUCCCAUAUGUCCUCAUCUUCUACCUCCCACCUACAGUCAAUGCCGAGCAGCGAAUGUUAUAUGCUGGGGCCAAGGAGCUGAUGAGGAAUACUGCGGAGGUUUCGAAAGUCCUGGAAAUUGAGAGUGUGGAAGAUUUAGAAGAAAUACCUGGUAAAUUGAAGGGUGAUGAGAGAUAAAGGAUGAAUUUUGGAUAGGAAAUGAAACGGGUGAUAAUGGAUAGUGAUGAAUCUUGGACGAGUAAGGACUCCUGGAAUGAUUCGGAGACCAAAUGAUUCGGCAGUUCGUGCUGUAUCAGUUCGAGCUGUAUCAGUGGAGCCUCGAUAUUGGAUACUUUUAUUGUCCAACCUUGUGUUUACUAGGUUAAGGACCUUUUGUGAGUAGUUCGCAUCUGGAAUUCCCCAAGGCAGGGAAUACAUGAUGGAGUGCGGGUGAGACCUGCAAGACAUAAUAUACCAUUUUGUCAAUUUGGGGGGAAAGGGGGGUUAAAGAGAUCUCAAGAUCCAACUAUAAAUACAACAUUUACGUAAUGAAUAACACACAUGCCAUCA